AUGUCCAGAUAUAGUGGCGCCGUCAAGUGCCAAGAUGCCAAGUUCCUCCGCGACGGCAUGUUCUACAACCAAGUCGUCGUGGACAAGUCCAUGAGUUCGACAACCGCCGGCGACAUCUGUGCGUCGAUUGGGUUCUUCAUGCUCGUGUUUUCGCUGGUGUCGUUGGUGCACAUGCUGUCCAAGCUGUUCCGAGGGUCCGCCCAAAAGGCCAUUCGAAGGAUGCUCAAUUUCAACCCGUACCUGAACAUCCUCAUCGGGACUGCCAUCACGUUUAUCAUACAUUCGUCCAUGGUGGUCAUAUCGAUAGUGACCCCCAUGGCUAACUUGAUGUUGGUGGAAGGUCGACUAUCCGGGGGCCCAUCCCUGGUCCAGGUCGAGGUAAUCCAGGAAUGA